AUGUCGCAAUGGGAGAUAGAACCAGAACAGCUGGAUGAUCUCGAAUCCAGGCCUGAAAUCGAUUCGGAGCUGGAACCAGAGAUUAUAGUCAAUACUUGGAGUGGAAAGGACCCAGAACGCGGACCUGAGAACGCCCCAAGGAUCUCCGGGCCGGCUAGAAGUCAGGGUGCCGUCCCCAACAGGGUCCGGAAUCAAUCCAUUUCCUCCCAUCUCCCCGUAACGACAUUGCAGUUCAUCCACUUCCAUGUUUUCGUCUGCCUUCCAUGCCAGUAUUGGAUCGAGAUCGCGAACCACGCCGGCGUCGUACCAACUUCGGAGGAUCUGGCAGAGAGAUAUGGUGUUCGCUUGCAGCCGGUUUCGCAGAGGGAUAACCAUGUGGCCAGUAAUACUGAACAAGCGCCCAACUUCCGCGCUCAUGGGGAGUAUUGGUCGGCCGUCUCCAACUGCCAACGCUCAAACUCGUCAAGCUCAACCGGCGCUGGCGACGGCGAGUGUGAUGGAGAGGAGCAUGCCGAGCUUUCCAAUCCUCGCUUCUGGCUUCUAAAAGCCGCAAACCUGUUGGUCGAGAGGCGCGGGACCUUCAGAGGCGGUUCUGAAGGCUCGUCUACCGCGGCUGUACUUGUUCAGCUUUAUCCACACGUUGUUGAGGUUGACGGCGACGUGCUUGCCGUCAUCACCAAGCUGUUCGACUCUCUUCUUCGCCUCUUCGAGAGAGUCGAGGAGAAACUCAUACCCAUCAAGGAGAUCCCAGCUUGCCCCUUGAAUCAGACUAAUCACCUCGUCGCCUUCGCUGCCCUUUCUCUCACGAGCUUGACCGUCGCCCUGCAGAGCCUUGAGAAGAAGGCCCUUCUCGAGAGCAUCUUGAUCAUUCCCCAGACCAUGACAGUGAUAUUCGCCUUCACAUGGUUCCGGAGGUUGACAAAUUGA